UCCACGGAGAGGAAAGAACCCAUGCAAAGGCCCUGAGCUUCUUUGCACCCCUGCGAUGGCCGCCAUUCUCUUGAAGGCCAGACCCAAGGUGCCAGUAUCUUUUGAAGACGUGUCCGUGUACUUCACCAAGACAGAAUGGAAGCUUCUGGACCUCAGACAAAGGAUCCUCUACAAGAGAGUGAUGCUGGAGAACUAUCGUCAUUUGGUGUCACUGGGAUUUUUAUCCUCCAAGCCUCACCUGGUCUCCUGGCUGGAACAAGGGGAGGGGCCCCGGGCAGCAGACACCUGCAGAACACGGGCCGCUGCGGGGAUGCAGACAGGUGACGGGAUAGAGAACAGGACAUUGGUUUCAAAGCAGAAGCAUUGCCGAAAAGAACUCCCGAGGACCGAUCUUCAGGCCGGUAACAAGAGCCAGGUAGCCAGGCCGCCAGGGGAAGCGCUGGAGCUCGGAACGGACCAUGCUCAUUCUCCCCAGACAGGUUCCGGCGGGGUUGGCCCCCACAGGGAGAGCGGUCAGAGCAGCUCCUCAGGGGACGCAAGAGAGAUGCAGCAGAGAAGUAGCCCCAGUGGUAGGCAGGAGUCAGUUCUAAGGCAGCAGGGUUCCAAAGGUGCGGAGAGGCGCUACCUCUGUCAGCAAUGUGGGAAAUCCUUCAGCCGCAGCUCCAACCUCAUCAAGCACCGGGUCAUCCACAGCGGCGAGAAGCCCUACGAGUGCUCCGAGUGUGGGAAACUCUUCCGGCGCAGCUUCGCGCUGCUGGAGCACCAGCGCAUCCACAGUGGCGAGAAGCCCUUUGUGUGCAGCGAGUGCGGGAAGACCUUUACGCGCAGCUCCAACCUCGUCAAGCACCAGAUCAUCCACAGCGGCGAGAAGCCCUACAAGUGCUCCGAGUGCGGGAAACUCUUCCGGCGCAGCUUUGCGCUGCUGGAGCACCAGCGCAUCCACAGCGGCGAGCGGCCCUACGCGUGCAGCAAGUGCGGGAAGACCUUCAGCAGGAGCUCCAACCUCAUCGAGCACCAGCGCACCCACAGCGGCGAGAAGCCCUACACGUGCAGCCAGUGUCCGAAAGCCUUCAAGGGCGUCUCCCAGCUCAUCCACCACCAGCGCAUCCACAGUGGGGAGAAGCCGUUCAAGUGCAAAGAGUGCGGGAAGGCCUUCCGGGGGUGCUCGGGGCUCAGUCAGCACCAGCGGGUGCACAGCGGUGAGAAGCCCUACGAGUGCAGUGAGUGUGGGAGGGCCUUCAGCCGGCGAGCCAACCUCUUCAAGCACCAGGCCAUUCACAGCCCGGAGAGGCCCUACGAAUGCCAGGACGGCGGGACGGCCUUCCAGAGCAGCCCCGUCCUCCCGGAGCCCCGGCCCGCGCACGCUGGCCAGCGGCCGCUCGAAGGCAGCCAGGGCCCAGUCAUUGAGCCACCGGAUCCUGGCCGCUCUCGGUUCCGGUUGCCCCAACUGCCCUGCCCGUGCACGGCCAACCCACCGCUCUGCUUCCCGUCCCUCCGCGUCGGUCAGCGGAAUGAUUCCGAGGCGCGGCCACGUCGCCCUGUGUAA